AUGCCUUGAGAGGGGAAUGUGGGUACGUAAGCAGGCUAAAAAGACAAGCUGAUCACACUCAGCAUGUUAGUUUCGUGUGUUUAGAGGAAUUACAUUCUUUAAAAGAAGGAAUCAUUAUAGUUUACAGCUAGGCAUGACAUUUGUGCCCUCAAUGAAGUUUAUUUUACAUAAAUACUAGAUGGUUGUAUUAGUUUGUCUACAAGCUAGAACCUGGGGAAAGUAUUCACAUCAGAGCCAUUAAAUUGAACUAGCUUUAACAAUUGUUCAUUCUGUGUUUAUACAUUUAAGAAGAGUUUGCAUUUAUAAGAGUGCCUUUCACGUUUCCAGGUUGAUUUUUUUAAAAAACCUACAACAGCCACUUUGUACACAGUAGGGCCCUCAUGAACGCUAAUGAGAUAAUGAUUAUCUAAUCAGUUUUAAUUAUAUUGGGUGAUGGAUAUUUGCUUCUCUGCACUUAUUCCAACAGUGGUAAUGGAAUUUUUUGCUUCCACGCGAAACGGCAGUCGGGGCCUCGGGCUUCCGUUUUACAUCUCAUCUGAAAGACUGUACCUCCUGUAGUGAGGCAUUGGCUUAGCGACGGCGCUGAAGUACCAGCUUAGAUAUCGUCUUCAAAUCUCUAGAGCAGCUGGGGAAUCUACAUAGCUCCUGACUCCGAGGCGCGACUGUCACCGCGGAAUUAAGCUGACUUCUCAAAAUGAAACCGGAUUCCAAUUUUAUUUUCCAAUAGCAUGCAACAUGGAGUGCACCGCCUUCACUCUUGAGGCCCCAGUAUGAAUAGUGUGGAAAAGAAGUUAUCAUUCCCGAGAUUUACUUGCCAGUAACAUUCCGUAUGAAAUUGACCCACCUUGUUUGUAAGAGAAUGGGUUGCUUGUAGCAUUCACUUUAUGCUUGGGGAAAAAAACAAAUUCACCUACUUCAUAGUUUUCAGUACAUGGCUGAAAACUGGAUAUAAUUGGAUUAGUCAAGAGGGUGGUAGACAUGCAAUUUGAUGUAAAAUUCCGAGCAAAACUGCACAUUGAUGAAAGAAAUAGUCGAGUCUUCUCAAAUAGAACCAAUACUGUACUGUCAAAAUUUCAGGAAUGUGACUAAUGGCCACCCUGGCGUUAAUGGAUAUAUCAAUUUCGUAUCAAAGCUCCAUUCCCUAUCACGCAUUCAUAAUUCUAGCAUGUCUUUCUUUAAUGGUUCUUUGGCGUUAGUUAUAAUGUUACUUAAUUUAAUCAUUUUCCUUCCAGUAGACACGUAAGAUGUUUUAUUACAUUUAACACGCCGACAUCUUUGAUAAAAUCACUCCAGUCUUGGACUUUGUUAACAGUGAAGUUGUUCGUGUGUUAUCCAAUAAAUCACUGAAUGUCUGUCUAUGGUGAAUAAAACAUUCCCUUCUUCCCCCUCACAGACACACGACACUGACAACACCACAGGACACAUUACCGGCAGUCUCUAUUUAACCGAGGUGCUUUUAAAACAGGCUCAUGUUUUAACCUCUUCCCCCCUCGACCCCGCCCCCAAACUCCCUCCUUUCAACUCUGCUCUGUUGGGUCGAGUGUUAAACGGACCGAGUGUGAACAGAAAGCUUCGCUCUCCGGAUGUACAGCUCCUGAGUGUCGCUUGGAUUUGGCAACCGAGCUGGAACAGUUCCCGUGUGCAGCGAAACGGCUGGGGGGAGAGGCUGGCCCUGGCGUGGGCUCGCAGUGCGGGCAGCUUCGAUCAGUCUGAGGGCGAUUCAGCACCACGGCCAGCUCCUCCUCCGCAUCCGGCAAUGGCGUAGCCAGCUCGGCGAACAGGGCGCCGGCAGGGAGAAGGCGAGUAUCCGGAGAGUGUGGAGAGGCAGCUUCGUCUUUUGCAAAGAAAUUUAAGCUUGACGAACCGAGAGAAGCGCUCAAACAUAAGAGAGAGAGAGAGAGGGAGGACCUAGCUGCUUUCUGCUGGGAUUGCUGGAACAGGGGGAGAAGGAAAGGCUGCUAAAUCUUCUGCAAGAUGCUGCUCACUGAGCUGCUUCAGGAUGCUGUAGGAGCCUCCAGUUACUGUCACGUCCCCUGCCCCAGGCACCCGGGCAGUCUCUGGUCCCGCUAGCGUUCCCCGUUGCCCUCCCCAGGUCGGAGCCGCUCGUCCUGCUCCUGGAACCAUGAGGCUACCGCGCCGCCACCUGCUCGCCCUCCUGGCCGCCUUCCACUGGCUCCAGGGCGCUGCGCAGGAACAUGCCCACUCCAUCCGCCUGGAAGGAGACAUUAUCCUCGGGGGCCUCUUCCCGGUGCAUUCCCGGGGACAGUCCGGAGCCGCCUGCGGCGAAAUCAAGAAGGAGAAAGGCAUCCACCGGAUGGAGGCGAUGCUGCACGCCGUCGACCAGCUGAACCGGGACCCCGAUCUACUCACCAACAUCACCCUGGGGGUCCGCAUCCUGGACACCUGCUCCCGGGACACCUACGCCCUGGAGCAGUCCCUCACCUUCGUCCAAGCCCUGAUCGAGAAAGACACCACGGACGUGAGGUGUGCCAGCGGAGAGGCGCCCAUUAUCACCAAACCAGACAAGAUCGUGGGAGUUAUAGGCGCUUCUGCAAGUUCCGUCUCCAUCAUGGUGGCCAAUAUACUGAGACUUUUUAAGAUCCCUCAGAUUAGCUAUGCGUCAACCGCCCCAGAGCUGAGUGACAACAGCAGAUAUGACUUCUUUUCCCGAGUCGUCCCACCGGAUUCAUACCAAGUUCAAGCAAUGGUAGAUAUUGUUACAGCCCUUGGAUGGAAUUACGUCUCAACUUUAGCUUCUGAGGGCAACUACGGAGAAAGUGGUGUGGAAGCGUUUAUACAGAUCUCAAGGGAGACUGGUAGGGUUUGCAUCGCUCAGUCCCUGAAAAUUCCUCGAGAGCCAAAACCGGGCGAAUUUGACAAAAUCAUCAAACGCUUGCUGGAAACCCCCAAUGCUCGUGGAAUAAUUAUAUUUGCGAAUGAAGAUGACAUCAGCCGUUUACUCGAGGCUGCCAAAAGAUCCAAUCAGACAAAGCACUUCCUCUGGGUCGGCUCUGACAGCUGGGGUUCAAAGGUCGCACCAGUGCACCAGCAAGAAGAAGUUGCCGAAGGAGCUGUCACUAUUCUUCCCAAGAGAGCCUCGAUUGAAGGCUUUGACAGAUACUUCAGAAGCCGUACGUUGGAGAACAACAGAAGGAACGUUUGGUUUGCUGAGUUCUGGGAGGAAAAUUUCAACUGUAAAUUAAGCUGGCAUGGGAAAAGAAAUAGCAAGGUCAAGAAAUGCACAGGAUUGGAAAGAAUUGGAAGGGAUUCAUCGUAUGAGCAGGAAGGAAAAGUGCAGUUUGUCAUCGAUGCUGUGUACUCAAUGGCACACGCAUUACACAAUAUGCAUAAAGAACUGUGCCCUGGUUAUGUUGGUCUCUGUCCCACAAUGAGCUCUGUGGAUGGUAAAGAGUUGCUGCGGUAUAUUCGAGCUGUGAACUUCACUGGAAGUGCUGGAACCUCUGUGACAUUUAAUGAAAAUGGAGAUGCUCCUGGACGAUAUGACAUCUACCAAUAUCAAGUUUCCAACCUGACCUCUCAUGAAUAUAAAGUUAUUGGACAGUGGACUGAUUAUCUUCACUUGAAUGUGAAGAACAUGCAGUGGGGCAGAGGAGAACACAGGAUCCCGCAGUCAGUUUGCAGCCUACCAUGUAAGUCUGGUGAGAGAAAGAAAACCGUGAAGGGCGUGCCCUGCUGUUGGCAUUGUGAACGCUGUGAAGGUUACCAGUACCAGAUCGACGAGACAACUUGUCAAAUGUGUCCAUUCAAUAGGAAACCAAAUGCGAAUGGCACAGACUGCCAACUGAUCCCCAUAAUCAAGCUAGAAUGGCAUUCACCUUGGGCUAUAGUUCCUGUCUUCAUAGCUAUGCUUGGAAUUAUAGCCACCACGUUUGUCAUUACAACCUUUAUUCGCCAUAACGAUACACCGAUAGUAAGGGCGUCCGGCCGAGAGUUAAGCUACGUCUUGCUGACUGGAAUAUUCUUGUGCUAUGCUGUAACCUUCCUCAUGAUUGCAACUCCUGACACAGUUCUUUGCUCUUUCCGACGCAUUUUCUUAGGACUGGGCAUGUGUAUUAGUUAUGCAGCACUGCUCACAAAGACUAACAGAAUUCACAGAAUAUUUGAACAAGGUAAGACGUCUGUCUCUGCUCCGAGGUUUAUCAGUCCAGCUUCCCAGCUGGCAAUCACCUUUAGCCUAAUCUCUCUGCAGCUCCUGGGAGUCUUUAUCUGGUUUGCUGUCGAUCCUCCGCACACUGUUGUAGACUAUGGGGAGCAACGAACUGUUGAUCCAGAAAAAGCCAGGGGCAUUCUGAAAUGUGACAUUUCCGACCUUUCUCUCAUCUGUUCCCUGGGAUACAGCAUUCUGCUGAUGGUCACAUGCACUGUGUAUGCAAUUAAAACGAGAGGAGUUCCAGAGACAUUCAACGAAGCCAAACCUAUUGGAUUUACCAUGUACACCACCUGCAUAAUUUGGUUAGCUUUUAUUCCAAUCUUUUUUGGCACAGCUCAGUCUGCAGAAAGGAUGUACAUUCAGACAACAACUCUUACUAUAUCCAUGAGUUUAAGUGCUUCUGUAUCUCUAGGCAUGCUCUACAUGCCUAAGGUUUAUAUUAUCAUCUUUCAUCCAGAGCAGAAUGUGCAAAAACGCAAGCGUAGCUUCAAGGCGGUGGUGACGGCAGCCACAAUGUCAAGCAAAUUGUCACAAAAAGCAAGCGACAGGCCAAAUGGAGAGGUCAAAACUGAACUCUGUGAAAGCCUUGAAACCAACACUUCUUCUACCAAGACAACGUACAUCAGCUACAGCAACCAUGCAAACUGACUUGGCUAAAAUCUAAAGUAGUCUGAAGAGACUGCAUGUAUGAAAAUGAACCCUCGUGUCUCAUCAUUUGGAAAGUGCUCCGACUGUACUACCUGCUGUGAGGCUGAGGAAGAGGAACCCUCAGCAACUUCAGUUGAGGUGUUCCCAUGUGUAUCCCAAGACACAGGCCUGAUGACAAGAAAAACUAAAGAGGUCAUCGUGCAAUCGGCAGUUUUAUUUGGCAAAGAAUGUCGGCCAGAGUGAACCCAUGCCUGUUGUUCUCCUUGUGAGUCUUGUGAUUGUGCAAUUUUUCAUUCUUGUUCAACUUAGUUUUGAAAGGCUUUCUCCGCCCUGCAUAAUGCAAAAAGAAGGGCUUGUUGUAUGUACCAACUAGCUGGAUUGCAACACUGCGUGGCACUUAAUUAAUUGCAAAAGGUUGAAGCAUGUUGAAUUUUUUAUACAACAGAUGUAUUUGUAAUAAAGGAAUGUUUUGCAAAUUCAGAGUUUUUGAGUCGCAGGUUCAAGUGUAAUUUAACGUGACGUCUUCAUGCCUCCUGGAAAAGAUGCAGAAAUAAUUUGCUUCUGUUUUAUUUUAAGGCCUAUCAGCCACAACAAACGGACAUCAUUAACAUGUACACUAGCUUUGACUAUCGUAAGUUAUAAAUUUGGUUACAAUUAGGAACUUAAGAUCAGGAGUAGGCUAUUCAUUCAGACCCCUCAAACCUGCUCAUCAUUCAAUUAGAUCAUUGCUCAUUGACGGGUUUAUGGUUUGGAAGAUCGAAGACUUAGUAAAGACUGUAUAACAUACAUUUUCACUUUUGUUUUUGACACAUUUGUAAAAGGUCCUGUCUCGAAUGAAAUUUAUUUAAAAUGGCCACAGGGAUUUGAGACAUACAUCAGUUUCACCCAAGCUCCAACUUGCUUAAUAAUAUGGUGCUAUUUUUCCAUUAAGCUUUUAUUUCAUUAAUACGCGCAAUGCAAUGCAGGGCAGCUGAGAAAAGUCUAUGCGAAGUAGCAAAUAAAUACAUUAAUAUUUCAUCUUUAACCUAGUAAAAGAUCCCACAAUAUUUUAGAGAGCACAAUCCAGCUGUCAGACAACUCACAAAAGCAGAAAUGCAACCAUCAAAUCUGUGGUGACCACAGUAUAACUGCAGUGAGCAUUUACAUGCAGACCAACUAAAUGCAGUGUCACAAUUGGCCUUUGUAUCACAGGCGGAAAUGGUGUAUAUUGAACUAUGGUGUCCAGGGUGAGUAAUAAAAGUGACAAACCAUGUCGUUGGGCAUUAAUAUAUAUUUUUCUCUGUAACAACAUCUAAACUCGUGGUAAAUUCACACCAGGAGAUCUGUGGCUGUGCUACUGAGCAUAAGAGAACCACACAAAGACUUUGCUAAUGGGAGUACCACUGCUUUGAGCUGUGGAAAUUAAAUCAAGGCAUCUCCAGUCGUAUAUUUAAGGUCACCGAAACUGAAUAAAUGGCCCAAAAUUGUUUUGGUUACAAUUCGACAUCACUUAAAUCUGGUAACUUUAGAACAUUUUACUGUUGUCAUUUGAAUGCAUUAAAUCCUGAAAACAUUUCGCAAAGUUUUGAACAAUAAAAGAGAAACAUCAGCAAAACCACAAAAAGGCUACUCACCCAGUAUCAGCUGAAGCUACCCAAGAUAUAGCAUACAGUUGAUUUUUUUAAAAAAAAUUGCAUUAGGUUUUGCUUACUGAACAAGGACCAAAUUGGCAGAUGCCAUUCUCUAGGAAAAUACACAUGAGGAAAGAACAAAUUAUAUUUCUGGAUUAUUGUAAUGUUGCAUUAAGCACUCAGCCGCAGCAACAGAAAGGAAUCGGUCAUAUUUUCAAAUGGAAUUUAUUAAGUUUACAAGCUGAAAGCCUUUCAUCCAUGUAAUGAAUGCUUCACAGUUUUAUUGUGGCACAAAACAGAAUGAUAAGCAACAUCGCAAUGCAAUCACUUUAUGUUUAUUCCCUCAUUUCUCCAGUCAGUGCUCCCAUCUGACAAGAGCCUACUAGUUCCACUUGGUGAUGUACACACAUUUCCACACUUCUUAAGAGAAUAUGCAUUAGCCAUGCUCAUUCCUAGCAUGACACUGACAGUAUAAGUUCUGCAUGAAUUUUGGUGGCGCGCUGGCAACUAAUUCUAUAUGGUACAUGGUUUACACUGAACAACAUUGUGAAACUGGUGAAUGUAAGCAGUGAUGGUGGAGUGAUCCUAUGUUAUCAAGGUGUGUACUGGAAUGUAAACGGCUUCCAGUUUUGGUUUCUUUAUUACAGUGGAUCCCUAAUAAAAUUAACUCCACUUACCAAACAAAAUGUUGACCCUUGAAAGGCACUCAAUCUUAGUCCAGAGGGCGUGGCAUCCAGACACUGCACUUAAAAUGUUACAUCUGCAGCCUGGUUGCAUUUAACACAUUGAUUUGG